AUGGCGGUGGAAAUGCGCAAGGCGGAAGGCCAGGCAGGCCUCACGGCCCAGCUAGGAGGUCAAUUUUUGUCUCUUGUUUCCUUUCCUGCAGAAGAUGGCGAGUACUUCCUUAAGGUCCUGAUUCCCAGCUAUGCCGCCGGAUCCAUCAUCGGCAAAGGGGGCCAAACCAUCGUCCAGUUGCAGAAGGAAACGGGAGCCACCAUUAAGCUCUCCAAAUCCAAGGAUUUCUAUCCAGGGACGACGGAGCGGGUAUGCCUGGUGCAAGGCACCGCCGAAGCCCUUAACGCCGUCCACAACUUCAUUGCUGAGAAGGUUCGAGAAAUCCCCCAGUCGGUUGUGAAACCCGAAUCCGUCAAUAUCCUACAGCCACAGACCACCAUGAACCCCGAUCGAGCCAAGCAGGCCAAGGUGAUCGUCCCAAACAGCACAGCCGGGCUGAUUAUCGGCAAAGGUGGCGCCACUGUCAAAGCCAUCAUGGAACAGUCUGGCGCUUGGGUGCAGCUGAGCCAGAAACCCGAAGGCAUCAACCUCCAAGAACGCGUGGUGACCAUCAGCGGGGAACCCGAGCAGAUCCACAAGGCCGUCGACAUCAUUGUCCAGAAGAUCCAGGAGGAUCCGCAGAGCAGCAGCUGCCUCAACAUCAGCUACGCCAACAUCACCGGCCCAGUGGCCAACUCUAACCCAACUGGAUCGCCCUACGCCAACUCUACAGACGUUCUACCCGCAGCCGCCGCCGCGGCCACCGCUUCAGGCUUGUUGGGCCACACCAGCCUGGCUGGUGUUGGCGCCUUCCCGGCUGCCCUGCCGGGUUUUUCCGGCAGCGACCUCUUGGCCAUCAGCACAGCGCUCAACACCUUAGCGAGUUACGGAUACAACACCAAUUCUUUGGGGCUCGGCCUCAAUUCGGCUGCCGCUUCCGGAGUCCUGGCCGCGGUGGCCGCCGGAGCCAACCCAGCAGCUGCCGCCGCCGCUAACCUCUUAGCUUCGUAUGCCAAUGAAGCUUCUACGAGUACCACGGCCCCAGCCGGUGCAGUUGGCGCCUUCACCUUGGGCUCUUUAGCGGCAGCCACUGGGGCGGCUAACGGCUACUUAGGGACUGCCUCCCCGUUGGUGGCCAGCUCCUUCCUAGCCACCGAGAAGCUAGUGGAAAGUGCUAAAGAUAUGGUGGAAAUCGCAGUGCCGGAAAACCUCGUCGGUGCCAUUUUGGGCAAAGGCGGGAAGACGUUGGUCGAAUACCAGGAGCUGACAGGGGCCCGCAUCCAGAUUUCCAAAAAGGGGGAGUUUAUUCCAGGUACCAGGAACCGUAAAGUCACCAUCACGGGCACGCCAGCUGCCACCCAAGCCGCGCAAUAUCUCAUCAGCCAGCGAGUAACGUACGAGCAAGGAGUCCGGGCCACCAACCCACAGAAAGUGGGAUAAGAGGAGGCCAAAGAGAAGGCUUGGGGAGGGGGGGGGGAGGAAUAGGUUCAAUCAGCCCUUUAAUUGUGAAAAAUGGUAACCGCCAUGACCCCGGCCCCUGCCCAGUGCCCGUCUCUCUGCCAUACACACGCACGCACACACACACACACACACACACACACAGAUACACAAAGCCCCCUGUGAUUGGGAAGCAGCCCGUCAUAUUCUGCCGGACAUUUAUUUCACCAACGGUGUGGCCUGAUUGUGUAUAUAUUUCUCUCUCUUGAUCUAUCUAUCUAUCUAUCUAUAUAU